GACAUGUCUGAACUGUGGAUCUUAAGUCUGAUCGGCAUCUUCAUAAUAAGUCUUUUCUUAACGGUUCUUGGCUACGUUUUGUACUCUGGACUGCUAUCGGAAGUCACCAUUGGGACUGGCUCGCCUCCCAUAAAGAACAUUACAAUAGCGUACAAAUUCACAGAGGGCCCUUACAAAGACUGCGGAGCGCUUUUCACAGAAAGCUGCAGCAUUGGACCGAAGCUCCCCAGCAUAGGAAUCUUCUACGACGACCCAAAGAAGGUGCCAGCGCAGAAGUGCCGUUACGCUGUGGGCAGCAUUCUGAGUGAGGGGCCAGAGAAACCCUGCGAGGAACAGCAGCGUCUCUUCGAGAAGUUCGGUUUCAGGAUCUUCUCGUUCCCUGAAGUCACCCACGUGGUCGCCACAGCUUUCCCUCACAGAACCCCACUGUCCAUCUUCCUGGGCGUCCAGAGAGUUUACCCACAACUCAGCUGCUACAUUAAGGAGAGGAAGUUGUGUGCCCAUCCUUUCCUGGAGAUCUAUAAAGGAGACCUGAUCCACUACAUGAGCCCUUUGGCUCGACAGGGAGAUUUUUACGUGCCGGAGGUUCGACAGGCCGAGAGCAGGCUCACGGGGGAGGAGGAGUCAGAGGAGGAUGGGAGGACUGACAUCACAGGCGCUGACUCUAACAGUGAGUGCAGUUCGAUGAGUCGACUUGCUUCCUCUGACAGUCGGGACUCGUCCCCGGCCGUUUCCAUCGCUCCCUCGCUCCUCAGGAGGGACUGGGAGGAUCGGGACACGCCAGGCCGCAUGAGUGACAGGAGCUCCAGCCACUCGUCUUUCGAGGAGCUGGACAUGGAGAUGACGGACAGACCAGGGGAGGAAGAUGUGACCCUGCCCCAACCUCCUCACGACAAGGCUGCUAUGGAGGAACGAGAGAUGGUAGUUGAGGGGGAGGAGUGAGAGGGAGAGACAGACAGACAGACAGAUAGACAGAGAUAUCGGUUUAGGAAGAGGGGGAAGGGUUAUUGUUUUAAUUUGAGGAUAUUGGUGUUGUCAGUGUGUUGUUUGAUUGUUGAUUGUCUUGAUUUUCUAAAGGGAAACAGUAACUGACCCUCAUACUGGAGUGCGGAGGCCUGUAUUACUUGAAAACUAUCCCCAGUUUGAGUCAGGUGAUCUGUACCUCUGAAAAUUUGUUAUGCAACCAUUAUUAGCGUUUAUGGACAGAUGAUCAAACGUAUGAUUACUUGUGCUUUUAUCUUUAAUAUGUUAUUGACUUUAAAUUUUGAUACUGUUGUGCUGAUUUUGACACAAAAAUGAUUAAUAGUGAUCUUAUCUACUUGAGUAUUAUCUUUUGUUUCUUAGAUAUAUUCCAUCACUUGAUGCAAAACUGUUUUGAACAAGUUGGGGGGUAAAAAAAGCGUUGAAAAAUUGUGUCGAGCAAGCGUUGAGGUUUUCCAUCUCUGAAUUUCCCUUGAAGUUAUUCAGUUUUUUUAAAUAUAUUUUUGAGUUUUAAAGUAGAGUUGGAAACUUGAACCCACAUUCCAUUCCAUUCCUGCCCUCCUAACUGUAUUCCAAAGGUGUGCUAGAGAACCCUAUUUAGAGACAGAAUGCACCAGAAACGGACCAGUAAAGCUUUUCUAGAGACAGAAUGCACCAGAAACGGACCAGUAAAGCUUUUCUAGAGACAGAAUGCACAAGAAACUGACCAAUAAAGCUUUUCUAGAGACAGAAUGCACCAGAAACAGACCAGUAGAGCUUUUCUAGAGACAGAAUGCACCAGAAACAGACCAGUACAGCUUUUCUAGAGACAGAAUGCACCAGAAACGGACCAGUAGAGCUUUUUUACAGACGGAAUGCGCCAGAAACGGACCAGUAAAGCUUUUCUAGAGACAGAAUGCACCAGCAACCAACUAGCAAAACUUUUCUGGAGACAGAAUGUACCAAAAAUUGACCAGUAGAGCUUUCCUAGAGACAAAAUGCACCAGAAACUACCCAGUAAAGCUUUUCUGGAGACAGAAUGCACCAGAAACUGUCUGGUAAAGGAGACGUAGAAUGUAGCUGCAUAUUAACAACAGACUUUCACUUGAUUCCGUGACCAUGUGACUGCAUAGAUUUGCAGUGCUUCUAUAUAUUGGAUCAUAAAUUGAUCCUUCAUUUAUAGAUACCUGACAUAUUUGUCACACAAGUGUACUAAUGAUCAUUGUAAUGGACUACAAUGACCGCACCCUGACUGUGGCUUUUGGUCAAAUUCAUUUCAAUAUCAGGUUCAUGCUCUG